AUGCAGGUUGCAAGCGGCAGGGACGGCGCGGGGCUGGGGCUCAGGCCGUGCGUCUGCGACGGAGGCCGAGGUCCCGGCCGGGACACGCUGCCCGGAGGGUGGCGUUGUAAGGCGGUGGUGCCUCCGAGCGGCCACCGUGACCAGGGCCCCUUCCCGCCGGUGUGUGAGCGCGAGGUGCAGCGCUCACCCUGCACGUUGCGCUGUGCGUUCUGGCACACGUGGAGCACUGUCCGGACCGCUGCGGGGGGGGGCUGGGACUGGGUCUCAGGACUGGCUAACAGGUAUGUUCUCUUCACAGGUGGCCCUCCCCCGGGCGGCGGUGCCCCCUGGCACCUUCGAAACGUCCUCAGCGACUCAGUGGAGAGCUCGGACGAUGAAUUCUUUGAUGCCAGAGAGGACAUGGCCGAAGGGAAGAAUUCCAUCCUCAUCGGGAUGAGCCAGUGGAGUUCUAACGACCUGGCGGAGCAGAUGGGGACCUUGGGGAGACUGGAGGGGCACCAGGGAGACGGGAGCGCCCCGUGCACGUCCAGCGCCCUCCAGGAGAAGCAGCGAGAACUGUAUCGGGUUUCCUUGAGAAGACAGAGGUUCCCGGCCCAGGGCAGCAUCGAGAUCCACGAAGACAAUGAGGAAGGCUGCCCGCGGCGCUCCUGCAAGACGCACGUGCUCCUGCUGGUGCUCCACGGGGGCAACGUCCUGGACACGGGUGCGGGGGACCCAGCCUGCAAGGCGGCCGACAUCCACACCUUCGGCUCCGUGCUGGAGAAGGUCACGCGCGCCCACUUCCCGGCGGCCCUGGGCCACAUCCUCCUCAAGUUCGUGCCCUGUCCUGCCGUCUGCUCCGAGGCCUUCUCGCUCGUCUCUAACCUGAACCCCUACAGCCACGAUGAGGGCUGCCUCGGCAACAGCCAGGACCACGUCCCCCUGGCCGCCCUGCCCCUGCUGGCCAUCUCCUCUCCGCGGUACCAGGACGCGGUGGCCGCCGUCAUCGAGCGGGCCAACCAGGUCUACACAGAGUUCCUCAAGUCCCCUGAUGGAAUCGGCUUCAGUGGGCAGGUGUGUCUCAUCGGGGACUGUGUGGGGGGCCUCCUGGCCUUCGAUGCCAUCUGCUACAGCGCGGGGCCCUCGGGUGACAGUCCGGGCGGCAGCAGCCGGAAGGGCAGCAUCAGCAGCACCCAGGACGCCCCCGUCGUGGCGGACGAGGCGUGCGGUCUGGCCGGCAGCAAGCGUCUCAGCAAGAGCAGCAUUGACGUCUCCGGCGUGCCGGACGAGGACGCCUCGGAGCCCCAGAGGCCGUUGCCUCGGAAACAGAGCGACUCCUCCACCUACGACUGUGAGGCCAUCGGCCAGCAUCAUGCCUUCCUGUCCAGCAUCCACUCGAACGUGCUGAAGGACGAGGCCGAGCCCCCCGCGGCCGGGGGGCUCCCGCCGCCCGAGGUCAGCCUGGGUCGCUUGGACUUCGACGUGUCCGACUUCUUCCUCUUUGGCUCGCCCCUGGGCCUGGUCCUGGCCAUGCGGAGGACAGUGCUGCCGGGACUGGACGGCUUCCAGAUGCGUCCCGCCUGCAGCCAGGUCUACAGUUUCUUCCACUGCGCGGACCCCUCUGCUUCGCGGCUGGAGCCCCUGCUGGAGCCCAAGUUCCACCUGGUGCCGCCCGUCAGCGUGCCCCGCUACCAGAGGUUCCCGCUGGGCGACGGGCAGUCCCUCCUGCUGGCUGACGCUCUGCACGCCCACAGUGGCCUCUUCCUGGAGGGCGGCUCACGGGACAGCCCACCGCCCCCGGACGCCCCCGCCCCGCCUCCUCAGGCCCCGGGGGCCCAGUGCCCCGCGCGGAGGAUGAGCCGGGACAGCUCACGCAGCGACAGCUCAGACUCCUCAGACAGCCUGGCCCCCGCGGGCGUCGCCCACAUCACGGCCAAGUGGUGGGGCGCCAAGCGUAUCGACUACGCCCUGUACUGCCCCGACGUCCUCACGGCCUUCCCCACCGUGGCCCUGCCCCACCUCUUCCACGCCAGCUACUGGGAGUCCACGGACGUGGUAGCCUUCAUCCUGAGACAGGUGAUGCGCUACGAGAACGUGACCGUCAAGGAGAACGCGGGCCUGGAUCCUGCGGCACUGAGCCCCGCCAACCCCCGUGAGAAGUGGCUUCGCAAGAGGACCCAGGUCAAGCUGCGGAACGUCACCGCGAACCACCGGGCCAACGACGUGAUCGCCGCGGAAGACGGCCCGCAGGUCCUGGUGGGGCGCUUCAUGUACGGGCCCCUGGACAUGGUGGCUCUGACCGGAGAGAAGGUGGACAUCCUGGUGAUGGCGGAGCCGUCCUCGGGCCGCUGGGUGCACCUGGACACCGAGAUCACCAACAGCAGCGGCCGCAUCACCUACAGCGUCCCGCGGCCCCGGCGCCUGGGGGUGGGCGUCUACCCCGUGAAGAUGGUCGUCAGGGGCGACCAGACCUUUGCGAUGAGCUACCUCACGGUGCUGCCCCGGGGCAUGGAGUGCGUGGUGUUCAGCAUCGACGGGUCCUUCGCGGCCAGCGUGUCUAUCAUGGGAAGUGACCCCAAGGUCCGGCCGGGGGCCGUGGACGUCGUCCGGCACUGGCAGGAUCUGGGCUACCUGAUCCUGUACAUCACGGGGCGGCCGGACAUGCAGAAGCAGCGGGUGGUGUCCUGGCUGUGCCAGCACAACUUUCCACAGGGCAUGAUCUUCUUCUCCGACGGGCUGGUGCACGACCCCCUGCGGCAGAAGGCCAUCUUCCUCCGCAACCUCGUGCAGGAGUGUUUCAUCAGAAUCAGCGCGGCCUACGGCUCCACGAAGGACAUCUCCGUGUACAGUGUGCUGGGUCUGCUGCCCUCCCAGAUCUUCAUCGUGGGCCGGCCCACCAAGAAGUACCAGGCCCAGUGCCAGUUCCUGAGCGAGGGCUACGCGGCCCACCUGGCGACGCUGGAGGCCGGCCACCGCUCGCGCCCGAAGAAGAACAACUCGCGGAUGGUGCUGCGCAAGGGCAGCUUCGGCCUGCACGCGCAGCCCGAGUUCCUGCGGAAGCGCAACCACCUGCGCAGGACCAUGUCCGUGCAGCAGCCCCACCCGCCCGCCAACCCCAAGCCCGAGCGGGCCCAGAGCCAGCCCGAGUCCGACAAGGACCAGGAGCGGCCCCUGCCCGCGCUCAGCUGGGCGCGCGGGCCCCCCAAGUUCGAGUCGGUGCCCUGAGAGCCGGGCUGCGCGCAGAGGGCCGGGGCCGGGCGGGGGUGGGGGGUGCUGCUCCCCGAGACGGGCCGUUUCCUGCUUUUCCCCGCCCCCCGUGUGUGUCCAGCGGUGUCCGAGCAGAGCGGGGAGGGACCCUGCCGAGCCCCGGGGAGGGGGCUCCCUGGGCCACGAGGGGGUGAGACCCCAGGGUCUCCGCAGCCGCGGCUGCCUCCCCGUGCGGGACCUGGGACCGCGAGCCCGUCAGGGGCGGUGUCCGUGGAGUCCUGGGGGGCAGGCCUGCCCCGAGCUGGCCGGUCUGACAGAGUCGACCACCUUUCUGGGGUCCACGCGGGCCCUAAAGGGAGAAGCCGCCAGACCGGGGGUCAGCAGCCGCCGGCAGGUGCAGCCUCCCAGCGGCCUGGGGGACGGACAAGUGGCAUCGUGCCGGCCCCCCCCCGUGACAUCCUGGGUCAGCCUCGCGGGCCUGGCUUUCCUGUGGCAAAGUGGCCACUUUCUGGGAGGGAGGGGACAUCCCCCGGGGCUCCUCCUGUGUCCGCGUGUCUGUCUACGGCCCUUGCGGGGGUGGGGGGGGUGGCGGGGUCUGGUGCUGACGGUCUGUCCUUCUGCGGCUGUCCAUUGUCCCCGUCUUGUCCUCGGUAUUCCUGCCGUUCACCCGCGGCCCGAGAGGACGGCCAUUCCUCUUCCCGGGGUCCUGCCUGGGGCCCUCCCCGGGGAGGCUGCGGCCCUGGGCGCUGGCCCGGCUGGGCUGGCUGAGAGCCCUCGAGCCCCUCGUCGCCCUCUCUGGGCCCUGGCUUCCUUACGGAAUUGGAAGGUCC